CGAGCCGGCAGCCAUGCCGUUCUCCACGCAGCCGUCUGCUAGCGGCGAGCAGUACGUGCUGACCGCCAGCUUGGACAACGCCCGCCAUCUCUCCAGCCUCCUCAGGGCUGUCCACUUCCAGGACCACGCCACCUGCUUCGCCACGGCCAAUGGCAUCAGGGUGACGGUGGAGGACGCCAAAUGCAUCCAGGCCAAUGCCUUCAUUCAGGCAGAAAUUUUUCAGGAAUUUUCUGUUCAGGAGGAAUCAGUGACAUUCCGGAUCAAUUUGUCUGUUCUUCUCGACUGCUUGACCAUUUUUGGUACCAGUUCUUUGCCAGGAACUUCAACAGCCCUUAGGAUGUGUUACCGUGGUUAUGGUUAUCCAUUGAUGCUGUUCUUGGAAGAAGGAGGAGUAGUGACAGUGUGCAAAAUUAACACUCAAGAACCUGAUGAGCUGUUAGACUUUGAUUUCUGCAGUACAAAGGUUGUUAAUAAAAUUAUCCUGCAGUCAGAGGGGCUACGAGAAGCAUUUGCCGAACUGGAUAUGACCAGUGAAGUUCUGCAGAUUACGAUGUCUCCCGAUAAACCCUACUUCAGGUUAUCCACCUUUGGAAACGCAGGAAGUGCACAUCUGGACUACCCUAGGGACUCCGAUUUGAUGGAAGCAUUCCACUGUAACCAGACCCAGACAAACAGGUACAAGAUUUCUUUGCUUAAACCAUCUACAAAGGCACUGGCUUUAUCAUGUAAAGUGUCCAUUAGAACAGAUGCUCAAGGAUUUCUUUCACUGCAGUAUAUGAUUAGGAAUGAAGAUGGACAGAUCUGUUUUGUGGAAUACUAUUGUUGCCCUGAUGAGGAUAUUACUGAAGCAGAACUGUAGGUGUAUGUUUUGGUGUCUGUGUUAUAUUUAUGGAUAUAUAAAAUACUGUAUUUUUUUAUACAAUUUAAUGAAAGCUGUAAAGAUUGAUAGAUUUGAUAUUGUCAUUUUUUUUAAACACUGGAAUUAGAAGUACAUGGACUUCUUUUUUAUUCCCUUGCAAACAUUUCUUAGCCUUGACUCAAAAAACUGAACUGAAAAAGGAAAAAGGGACUUGAUCUCCUAUAGCCACUGAUUCCAGCACAGAUGUUAAAGUGGUGUUUGUGUAAUAAAUUGCUGCUUUUUACAGUGUUGUCCAAUAAUUUUUGUUUAUAUUUUGUUUUUUGUCUUUGGCUUGUUCUAAGCAAUUACACAAGGGAAAAUCUGAGUACUAGCUGUAUGUUAGCCAGUUAACUUUCAAUGACUUAAAAAUAAAACCAAAUUUGUCUUAAGAAAGAGGAUGACAUUUUCAAACUGAUUUGUUAAUAGCAGCAGGUGGUUUCUUUCUGGCAAGUGCUGACGUGUUUUACUGGUGAAGCCACUAGACUCCUCCUCAUCUUGAUUAAUUCUUAAUAUAACUCAGUUCCUUGGAAUUUCAUCUUAUACCACUUUACGCUACACAGUGAGGUGGGCUGUACUUAGGUCAGAAGCUGCAUUUCUCCUUUCACACCUCUCUGUUGCAAACAACCCGCUCAAAACAGGAGGGCCACUGAACCCGCGGGGCGUUGAACCAAACGCAGAGGCUGCAGAUCACGCUGCCAGAGGCUGGAGUCUUCCUGCCUUGCUGCGGUGGGGUGUGAUCCAACAGUCGGUGAUCUGUUGGUAGUUUCUACGGCUUUAGACUGUAGUCGAGUUUUGUUGUUUGUCAGAUGAGGUCCUGCUUUGCACAUGUGGAAAACAGUAUGUUCUGUGUUACCAAGUUGAUUGCUCCACAGUUCAACAGAAUCCAAGUACUUUGGGUUUAUUUUAAGUUUAAAGUGCUUCUGUUUACCAUUUUUCACCUCUUGCUUAUGUCAACAAGAGUAUACUUUCAGAGUACACAGUGUCAGUCAUUCACUUUUGUUGUC